UCGUAUUCAUUCAACGCAAGGCAGAAGUCUGCCGGUCUACGCCAGCGUCUUAUAUACAUGGCUUUCAGAGCUCAUUUUAUUUGAAUGUCUGGACUUUAUAUAAUUUCAUCCCUAAGAAACCAAUUAUGGAUAUCCUAUGGAUUUUAUGGACACUACCCUCGGUCCUGGCUAUUGAAGAAAUGUUGAUGGACUCCACCACAGCGACCGCAGAGCUCGGUUGGACAGUAUAUCCAGCGUCGGCAACCAGUGACAGCAGUAUAAGUUGGGAAGAAGUAAGUGGGUACGAUGAGAACAUGAACACCAUUCGUACCUAUCAGGUGUGUAAUGUCUUCGAUGCCAACCAAAAUAACUGGGUGCGCACCAAGUACAUCCAAAGAAGAGGGGCUCAACGCAUCCACGUGGAGAUGAAGUUCUCUGUGCGAGACUGCAGCAGCAUCCCAGGAGUCCCUGGUUCCUGCAAGGAAACGUUCAACCUCUUUUACUAUGAAUCAGACACCGACAGGGCCACUAAAGACUUUCCUCCAUGGAUGGAAAACCCUUGGAUCAAGGUGGAUACCAUUGCUGCAGACGAGAGUUUCUCGCAAGUAGACCUGGGCGGACGUUUGAUGAAGAUUAACACAGAGGUUCGCAGUUUCGGCCCCAUCUCCCAUAAAGGUUUCUAUCUAGCCUUCCAGGACUACGGAGGGUGUAUGUCGUUAAUUGCUGUGCGAGUGUUCUACCGGAAGUGCCCUCGCACUAUUCGGAAUGGAGCCUUAUUUCAGGAAACGCAUUCGGGAGCAGAGAGCACCUCACUGGUGUUGGCGAGGGGAGAGUGCAUCCCUAAUGCGGAGGAGGUUGACGUUCCCAUUAAACUGUACUGUAAUGGAGAUGGGGAAUGGAUGGUCCCUAUUGGCCGCUGUAUGUGUAAAGCAGGUCAUGAGGCAGUGGAGAAUGGAACUGUUUGCAGAGCAUGCCCUUCAGGUUUCUUCAAGACAGCACAGGGUGACGAGAAAUGCCUGCAGUGUCCAAUCAACAGCCGCACAACCAACAACGGAGCCACCAACUGCGUCUGCAGAAAUGGAUAUUACCGCACAGACUCGGACCCCUUAGAGAUGCCCUGCACAACUGUGCCGUCGGCUCCUCAAAACGUCAUCUCCAGUGUGAACGAGACGUCACUAAUGCUGGAGUGGAAUCCUCCGCGGGAGACUGGCGGUCGUCAUGACGUGGUCUACAACAUCAUCUGCAAGAGCUGCGGAGGUGGCAGAGGGGGCUGCACGCGAUGUGGGGACAACGUGCAGUUUGUUCCACGGCAGCUGGGACUCACCGAGACCCGGGUCUUCAUAAGUGACCUGCUGGCCCACACCCAGUACACCUUUGAAGUCCAGGCUGUCAAUGGAGUAUCGGACCAGAGCCCUUAUUCACCCCAAUAUGCAUCAGUCAACAUCACUACUAACCAAGCUGCUCCUUCUACAGUGUCUAUCAUGCAUCAGGUCAGUCGCACCAUUGACAGCAUCACUCUCUCCUGGUCCCAGCCAGACCAGCCCAAUGGGGUCAUACUCGACUACGAGCUGCAGUAUUAUGAGAAGGACCAGACGGAGCAUAACUCUUCCAUAAUAAAGAGUCAAACCAACACCGCAGUCAUCCGUGGUCUCAAACCCGGAGGCAUCUAUGUCUUCCAGGUCCGAGCGCGUACGGUGGCAGGGUUCGGACGGUACAGUGGCAAGAUGUACUUCCAGACCAUGACUGAGGAGGAGUACAACACUAGCAUUCAAGAGAAGCUGCCUCUCAUCAUUGGCUCGGCGGCUGCUGGUCUGGUCUUCCUCAUUGCGGUGGUGGUCAUCAUCAUUGUUUGCAACCGACGUGGAUUCGAGAGAGCAGAUUCAGAAUACACAGACAAGCUGCAACACUACACCAGCGGCCACAUAUCACCAGGAAUGAAGAUUUACAUUGAUCCAUUUACGUAUGAAGACCCCAAUGAAGCUGUGAGGGAGUUUGCUAAGGAGAUUGACAUCUCAUAUGUGAAAAUCGAGCAGGUCAUUGGAGCAGGCGAGUUUGGAGAGGUGUGCAGUGGUAACCUAAAGCUCCCAGGAAAGAGGGAAAUGUUUGUGGCCAUUAAAACACUGAAGACUGGUUACACAGAAAAGCAGAGACGAGACUUCCUGAGUGAAGCCAGCAUCAUGGGGCAAUUUGAUCACCCCAAUGUGAUCCAUUUGGAGGGAGUGGUGACCAAGAGCAGCCCUGUUAUGAUCAUCACAGAAUUUAUGGAGAAUGGCUCAUUGGACUCUUUCCUCAGGCAAAACGAUGGGCAGUUCACUGUGAUUCAGCUGGUGGGCAUGUUACGAGGGAUCGCCUCUGGGAUGAAGUACCUUGCAGACAUGAAUUACGUGCACCGGGACCUAGCGGCCCGCAACAUCUUAGUUAACAGUAAUCUUGUAUGCAAGGUGUCCGAUUUUGGACUCUCACGGUUUCUGGAGGACGACACAUCUGAUCCCACCUAUACCAGUGCCCUGGGUGGGAAGAUCCCUAUUCGAUGGACAGCCCCAGAGGCCAUCCAAUAUAGAAAGUUUACCUCCGCCAGUGACGUAUGGAGCUACGGGAUUGUCAUGUGGGAAAUAAUGUCGUAUGGAGAGCGGCCAUAUUGGGACAUGACCAAUCAAGACGUCAUCAACGCUAUUGAGCAAGACUACCGGCUGCCCCCUCCCAUGGACUGCCCCAGUGCCCUCCAUCAGCUCAUGUUGGACUGCUGGCAGAAAGACCGUAACAACCGGCCCAAGUUCAGCCAGAUUGUCAACAACCUGGACAAGAUGAUCCGUAACCCCAACAGCCUGAAGGCCAUGACUCCACUCUCAUCAGGUGUGCAUUUGCCCUUGCUUGACCGCAGUGUGCCUGACUUCUCCAGUUUUAACACUGUGGAUGAUUGGCUGGACGCUAUUAAGAUGGGCCAGUACAAAGACAACUUCGCCAAUGGCAACUUCACCAGCUUUGACCUCGUUUCCCAGAUGACCAUGGAGGACAUUCUCAGGGUCGGAGUGACACUAGCGGGUCAUCAGAAGAAGAUUCUCAACAGCGUUCAGAUGAUGAGGGCACAGAUGAACCAGAUCCAAUCGGUAGAGGUUUGACCACGUGUCCUGAUUAGACUGGGAGGACGAAAAGAGGAGGCAGUGGAGGCCAACGUGAAGGGAUGGGGCGGCCACCGCAGACCCUAAGCCUGGUUUUCCUUCUGGACCACCUAGGAUAUCCACCUGCCCCCUUCUCCGAAACACUCUCGUUCUCCAUCUGUGUCAUCUGAAUCCCCCAUUAACCCCCAGACACCCUAAUGGGCUCGACUCUGGAAAACUGCGUCUGAAAAAUAUGGUCACAACACCUGAUCGUUUAGCUUUAGCCACCCCCAAUCACAGGGUGACCAUCAGUCUGCCAGCAAUAGGCUCCACCCUGUAUUUUCCUUGAAUUUUCUUUCCAAUUUUCUUCUUUUCUUCUUUUUUUUGUCUUCUUUUUAAAAGAGUUUUUGUAAAGAAUUUUUAAAGCUAUGAAAUCAAGGAAUCUAUAUAAAAUAUAUAGAUUGGUGUAAAAUUGCAGACUGAAUAUGGUGGACUGAAUCGAAAGGCUACCCUUUAAAAGGGCAAUGAAGAAACAGGAAUUAAAAGAAGAGAAAAAAACUCGCCCCACAAUACAUGCUUCUGAGAUUUUCUUUCUAAUAUUUUAGUCUGCUCAAUGAAUACACAUGGGACAACCUGCGGGACCUUAGAACCCCUCGCUGACAGCCGAGGGAAAAGUAUGUGGACAACAUGAAAUGGGACUUCCUUUUGGCAGCCGAUUUUUUUUUUUUUAAACUAUAUCAACAUAAACAAACAGACAAAUGGAGGGGAAAGAAAAUAGUUAUAACAGAAUUUUUGGUGCAGAUUUCUCAUUGCUUGGGGGGAGAAAAAAUUUAAUAUUUUACAGAUUUCAUAAGAGCCUGCCAAACAGAGCAUCAUCCCUUUGUACCUCGUCCUGUACAUAUCAGAUGCAUUUGACUUUGUGAGGUCAUCAGUACAAGCCUGAUGUAGUCCAACGUUAAGUUUCAGUUUCAGUAUAAGAUGGAUCUACACUGACAUUUGAUGGAUUUUCUUUCAUGUGCAUGUGUGUAGAUGACUUGAGGGGGUCAUCUUUUAUAUUCUUCCUCCUUUUAGUCAUGGGCUGAGAUGAUUUAGUUUGAAAGACGGCGUAAGAUAUUCUCCCCCGCAGAUGCAUAAAGGAACAUUUUUAGCCUGUUCUUUACAUGAACUGCUUACAGAAAAGGACCCCGAGUGCAUGUAUGCUGUGGUCUUCACAUCCUCUAUGCUCUUCUUUUAUGUUUGGAUCCCUGCCGUGUGCGUGCGUGCGUGUUUGCGUAAGGGCCUCAUGGAGCUCCAGUUCACAGGAAGCUUGGGUUUGAUAAACUUUGCAGAUCACUGUGUUGAUAUGCUUAUUUUUUUGCCACCUCAAUCAUAAAAAAAUAUGUUUUAUAAUAAGGUGUUUAGGGGUUUUAAUAUCUGAUAAAGUAUGCAGUUAGAGGACAUUUUCAUAACAGGGAAGUGAUUGUCCAUUGUGAAGCAUAGUUUUAUAUGUGGAUAUUGUUAUUGUAUGAUAUUUUUGAACUGGUUACAUUCACUAAUUGGGGCCAAGCUUACAUUUGGAGUUUCAUAGGACAUUUAAAUUAAAUUAGUGUGUAUAGGUGUUAUAUUAUUUUUUACAGAAAAUACAUCCUACCGUUCUCCAUGGUUUGGUACUUCCACAAUGCUCUCUGUGAUUUUUAACCUCUAUGAUAGGCGUAAGAACAAUAAAACUCUGUAUAUAAUAUUCUGAAGCAGAAACGUCCCCCUCAGAGAGAGGUUUUUUUUGAAACUGUUGAAUUUGAGUGUACAUAUUACUAUUUUUAUGCGUUGGUAAAACUGAAUUUAUUUUGGACCUUUCGUUUUGUACUAGCUGAGAGAUGAGAAGCAGCCGUAGAGAUGAACAGGCCAGAGGUAUCUUCAACCAUGCUGGAGUGUCUAUGUGUGUGAAUGAGUGUGUUUGUGUGUUUGCACAUGCAGGUACGUCCACUUACCAGCAUUAAGGUCACUGUGCUUAACAAUAUACUUCUCGCUCAGCCAUCGAGGGGCUCGUUGUACUCCAUAACCUCAGGGUUAACAUGAAUCUGUGUUAAAAGCAUGCAGUACUGUGAGGUCAGUUUACUGUAGGUAAGGUCCACGGCUGAAUCUCAGAGUGCUGCUGAAGUUCUAAACAGAUGGUGUUGACCGUUCUCUGUUCUUCCCAUUACAUAAUGCUUCCAUUAGACUGAAGAAUCAGUCGUUCAGUGUUUGGGCAUGAAACACAGCUUCCAGCAGACAGGCCAUCCCAGGUGUGAAUUCUUGAGAGAUGUAGCCAUAAAUUCAGAUGGCUACUUUCUUCUGUGUCCAGAAAGACGGUAGGAUUUUACUUUUUUACGAAUUUGAAAUACUAAAUGGCCCUUAAGUUUUAGCUCUCAGCUUUUCAGUCGUUCUUGGUCACUUUUUUAACACCAGAAGGAGGAUACAGGGAGAAAGGAAAUGAUUUUGGACUUAACACCUUGUCCUUACCAGCAACGUUUAAUUUGUCCAUCGACACUGAAAACAAAAAUUCAUUGCAACACUGUCGGAGCCAAUUUUUAAUGUGUGGUUACACUAACGUUCAAAAGUUUGGGGUCCGUAAGAUAAGGCUAUAUUUUGUUGGUCAAAAGACAGCAUUAUUGUAUUAUUAUUAUAAUUUAAAAUAACUUCUAUUUACUUUAAAAUGUAAUUUAUUUUUGUGAUGGCAAAGCUGAAUCAAUUUUAUAAAAAACUGUACAAUAAAUAUUUUUUUCAGGAUUCUUUGAUGAGUAGAAAGCCUUUAACCUUUACUGUCAGUUUUUUUUUUUUUCAAUUUAUUGUGUGCUUGCUGAAUAAAAGUUAUAAUUUAUCUAUUUAUCUAUAUAUAUUUAAAUAUCUUAAUGAGCCCAAACUAGAAUCAUAGUGUAUGUGGACAAAUGAGAUUUCACUGUGGGCGGGGCUAUCAAGAUACUAUGUAAAUGAAUAUCAAGAAAUUGAAAAUAUGUUCUGUAAAAUAAAAUAGUGUAAAAUCAACUAAAAACUUAAUGUAAACUAAAAUAACAGAUAACCAAAAUAAAUACAUUUUUUUUUAAAUAAUUAAUUUGAUACAAUACAUUUACAUACAUGCAAAAACCUUUAAAACACCCAUUUUUAUGGUAUACCAUACGUGACAUCUUGGUUGCGUUCAGCAGCUGGUUGGGACAAGGAGUGAGUCAGGAAGGUGAGAGACAGAUUGAGAGUAAAGAAUGUUCUCACAUCAUAAAACUGCCAGCAGCCACCUUUACCUGUCUGUUCAGCAUAUCCUCUCAAUAUUUAAUGGCUGCGCAGUAUCACUGCUGCACUGUGAAACCUAAGGUUCUGAAUCCCUCGUCUUCCUCACAAUAACACUGCUUCUGCUUCACCUUCCUAGGACAAUCACUGUCACUCAAAGCUCCAGCACACAUACCAGGAUCCUUACUGCUGUCUAGAAAACCUACAGAAAUUCAGAAGUUGAGACACUCAUGGCAAUAUUUAGAGGUGCUGCCCACAAGUUCCAGCAUGUUUUAAAUCAGCCUAACAGCACAUGAUUACCGGAGCUUUGAAUGAAAUCCAGUGUUGAAGGGAUACCUUGUGUUCCUGAUCCUCAUCUUCUUUUCCUUCCAAUGAAAUUUUGUCCUUUCAUAAGUAACGUUUCAUGGGUCUGCGCUAUUUGCAAAAACAAUUUUUUCUUGCAUCUUGGCGCUGAUGCUCACAUGAGUUUCUGGCACUUUGCAUCGAGAGAUCCGAAGGAACAUUAACAACCAAUGAGCCUUUCUGUUUUAAGAUAUUGAUAUGUUGAAAGAUUAUGACAUGCUUGACAUUUGCUACGCAUUUUCUUCAAUAAACCUGUAUUUACAUAGAAAUAGUUCAUCGCGGAGGUCUUGUGUAAUUCUGUUUUUCCACCGAAUCUUUAACCACUCAAGUUUGUUUCUCAGUAGGGGACUAAUUACUUCAUACAUCUCCCUCUCUCAUAUGUCAUUUAACAGAACACUAUGUAGACCACAGACAAAUGAGACAUGGCAUCAAGGGUGUGAAAGAAUGUCACGCUGAGAGAUUUAAGCACUUCUUAUAGUUUUUUCCCCACAUGGAUUAUCACCUUAAAUGCAUAGCUUCUACCACAGCACAGUUCUUUUCUUCAUACAAAUGAUGGUACAUACUGUAGGCAUUUUGUAAAACUCAAAACACUUUUUGUUCAGAUGGCUUGAGAAAAUAGCCAAUAAGCUGCCAUUAUGUGGACAUGCAAACUGCAAAUGUUCUUUCUGGCAAGCAAAAAUGUGAUCGGCACAGAACCGUGCACCAUUUAAAGAUUUUUGUUGAAAGCUGGAUGACAGUAAGCUGGGAACAGCAUAUGCUCGCAGCUACCGCCGAAGCAUAAUACCAAUGCAUAACCGUUAUUAUGAUGAUUAUUUGCGACUGUGAAUGAAAAUACAAGCUGGCUCCGGCUCACUCUCAUUGGUCCAUAUUUCUGCCUGCAUCCUCCAAAUAUGGUGGGAAGUUCUCAGAUAGAAAAUGGCUCCCUGAACAGAGCUGUGGUGCCAGUGGGGCCACAGCACCCUCUGCUGUUAGGAAGGCAGUAGUGCAUUCUUCCCAAGGUCCAUCUGCCCUGCUUUUCAUUACAGGGCAGCAGACCUCUCUCUCUUUCUGUCUCUCUCUCGCUAGUCCAAAUAGAGCACUGCCCACCUGGACCACUGUGACUGAGAUGGGGGGGGUCCUGUUUCGGUGUAUAAAAUGUACAUAUGACUGUAACCCUGUGAAUGAUGUAACAAGUUAAUAUUGUUAUUGGUUUAUUUUCUAAAAAUUACAAAAAAGAAAAAGAAAAAAAAGCCCAACUUGACUCUCCUCAUUAAAACAUGAAAUGAGAUCUGUUA